UAUAGCCUAGAUUAUUUGAACCUAAAAAGAUAGACCUAGUGCUGAUUCACUCAGAAAAUUUAUAUUUUCUCACAAAGUCUUUCGUAGUGAAGCAAACCCACAAAAAAAUGUUAGCCGCCUCACAGAAAAAGAGUCCUGCUGUCAGCAGCGCGCGACCUCCUGCAGCAGAGCCGAUGUCCGCCUACGCUGCUCUCGCGCCAGGAUCCAUGAUGGCAGCAAAAGUGGAGCAUGGCCUUCAAACAGGCGCUAUCUAUUGGGAGACUAACAUGAACCCGUUUAACGGUGUGUUCGGGCAGGGAACGUACUUACCUCUACUUUGGCGGAUUUGUUACCUAGACGAGGUAGUGUUUCGUUGGGAGUUCUUUCAGGAUUGUUGAUUCGUGUUUGUUUCGUUUUCGAAAUAACGACAAAGAGUUUUCUCUUCUAUUUUCACUGCCUUGGCUUGCUCUUCUUGACGUCGUCUGAGAAAUUCAUUGAGCUGAGUUCCUUUUUUUUCGUCAUAAUCCGUCUUCUCAUUUUCGAUUUUCUAAAUCAGGUACGGUCAAAAAUGGUCAUGGCAGAUGUGGGAUGAUACAGUGCGAUCGAGCAUGGGCUUAGACGAAGACACAAGGAACACCCCAUUGAUUUUCCACAACGACGGGGCUUUCGACCGGGCAUGGGUGCGGGAUUACAAGGGAGACAGGAAUAUCUACGACAUCAAGCCAGCGAAGAAAAAGUGGAACUUCAGGUACAGCUACUUUAUUUCUAGGUUCUUGCGUCAUUAAUGAUAUAAACGAUGUCGUGUGUAUAUUAAUUCUCAUAGCAUCACAACUGAUCUUCCAAAUGCAUCAACCGUGUCUCAUUCCAAAUCAGUUUCUUCCCAACCGGUACAAAGGAUCCCCUAGAGACGAAGGCUGAGGGCGAAAUGACAAGAGGGGAUGUCUUUGCUGGGGUCCUUGCGUCUUGUCUCAAAGUUGACCUGGCUCAUGCUCUUGAGCAGGCUACUGAUUGAUAACUUCUGCUUCUUUUCCUUGAUAAAGAUUAUACGAACGUGACAAACUUUUGUUUGUGAUCAUGAUUAUUAUACAUUCGCGUCUUGAGCAAGAAUGUCUCAACAAGAUGAAGCUGUGAUGAGGCUAUUACUGAGGCAAAUGACUGUCGAGCACCAACGUCUCUGCGCGCAGUGCAAGUGUGCUCUGCGCUGAUUCUUUUCCAGACAACCAGUAGAGGGUAACCCCUCUCUUGUCCGGUGAUGAUGUGUCCC